UUUCCGUUGCUAUCAAUAUGGAAAAACACUCCGAGUCUAGUCCUGGAAGAGAGAGUCAAUCAGCAAGUUCCAUCAGCUCUGGCUCCAAGUCUCGUUUUGCUGUCAAAGUGCGUGAAUGGAGCUCGUCUUGGUUUAGCCAGAAAAAACUCAAACGAGGCAAUUCCUCAUCGAGUUUUUCUUCUAACAAAACCUCCCAAGAUGGUUGUGCAUCAAAAACCACAGAGAGUGUAGCAGCAGCCGCAAAAGUCAAAGCCAAGAAGAAAAAAAAGGAGUCUGAGAGAGAAAAUGCCAGUCUUCUUGGAAUGAUAAAUGAAGAUACUACUAUGGCUUCCCAGAAGCCCUUGAGGGAGAGAGACUUUGAGCCACUACCAAUGCUGCCACUGUCACCACUAAACGAACCUCUACUCGAAUCGUUACCACAUACACUACCUCAGAUAACACAACCGAAAGUACUAUCAUUUCCCUCACCACCGCCAACACCGCUCUCAGAAUCACAAUCUGCACCAACAUCACCGAUGGUUUUACAGAGUCCAGCACCAGCACAUCAGACUCCAUCCACCAGAGGAGUUAGAUAUGACAACCAGGAGACAAACACAAAUGAAUAUGAAAUAGAGUAUAUCUGGGCAGAGAAGUAUAGGCCUCUACACCUGCAGGAUUUUCUAUGCAACAGGAAAGCUGCACUUGAACUACAGGCAGUAGUAAGAAAUCUUCACGAAAAAGGAGAAGACUUUGGUCACUUCAUAUGUGAAGGCAACCCAGGAGUAGGAAAGAGAACCAUGAUUUGUGCUUUGCUUAGGGAAGCUUUUGGACCAGACAAAGUGCAGGCAAAAGAAGAACGCAAGGAAUUUCACUUCAAGGGAGAAGCAGUGGAAAGCAUCCACGUAAACUUAAUGGUAUCACCUCAACAUACUGAAGUCAACCUUUCUGAACUUAAAGGUUACGCAAAGCAUGUGAUACUUGAACUUAUCAAUGAGAAAAAUCAGAAUUCUGACAAAGUAUUGCACAGCAACCUUGAGAACAGUAGAGCUAUUAUCCUAUACGAAGUAGACAAGCUAUCAACUGAUUCCCUGUCGUAUAUGAAAUGGAUGCUAGAGAAGUUCAAAGGAUGUAACAAGGUAUUUUUCUGCUGUAGUGAUGCCUCAAAACUUGAGUCUAUAAAGCCACUGUGCAGGUUUAUUCAACUCCUCGAACCUACAAAUGAAGAGAUUCUGAAAGUAUUGGCCUCCAUAGCACACCAAGAAGGGAUAAAGCUACCUCAACAAUUGGCCGAUAAAAUUACUCAGAAUUCCAGGAAUAACCUAAGACAAGCUAUACGCUCAUUCGAAGCUACCUGGAACUUCAAUUGCUGCAAGGCUUCCCUGAAGGGAGCUCAACUUAUCAGAACUGGAUGGGAAGAUACAUUAGCCAAAAUUGCAAGAAAUGCUGUCAAAGAGCAGAGCCCAAAACAGCUUUACAAUAUCCGUCAAGAACUUCAAAUACUUUUAGAGCACAAUGUGGCUCCAGGAUUCCUAUUGCAAGCUCUAAAAGACGAAUUAAAAAUAAUUCUUCCACAACAUUUACUGCCUCAGUUUGAUAAGUUAUACGACUCUAAAAAAAAUCAUGUUACCAGAAAGUACUUGGCCUCCACACAUCAACUCGUGGAAUCUGGAAAACAACCAUGUGAUCCACGAAAGAACGUACACGAGUUCAUGAACAUUGAAGAGUUCAUAGCGAGAUUCAUGAGUUGGUACAAAGCUUGGGUUUAAAAGGAGUCUAACCAGAAGAAACCAGGCAACACCCAAGAUCUUAUCCACCAUUCCAUAUUUUAGUUAGUACAGAUUCUAGCUAUGCCUUAUCAUACAUGAUUGCAGCAUAAUAUAAGCCGGUAAAACAAAUAAAUAAUAGUAAUAUUAACAAACAAGUUAUCUUUCUAUAUCCUGUAAAACAUUGAAUAAAAAACCUUUUCUGCUUGCAACCUUAUGCUGGAAUUUUCCUGUCUUAUUCAUAAUAUAUAAUUAGUUCAAACUGUUCUGAAUAAUAAUUCUCUUUAGCCGCAUAUUCCUCCCUGAAAUCCAAGCAUGCAUGGAUAAGAUUGAAUAAUAACACUUUACAUGUGAUUUUCGGGCUGCAUAAAUUACAAAAAUUGCUAAAGUUAUCAACAGAAAUAAGUGACCACAUCACCCACUUCAAAUUCAAGAGCUCAAAAUAAUUACUGUUAAACAAGAAAGAUAGCACAGGGAGAAUCUGCUAUCUAAGGCAAACCCAGCACCACCCUCUUGAGUCAACUUUAUGGCUAGUACAUCUCAAGAGGUACACCUCACGCUGUAUUAUUAGAGAAUUUCUCCAACUCCUCACAAAAAACAAAGACGAGAAAAAAGAAGGCAGAACCUACUUCCAUUGUCUUGAUAACCAUGGAACAGUAUUACAUCAAGAUACGACUAAAAGUGACUGUUUAUGUAAUACUUCAAUAAAUUAUCCUAGCUCUUGCUCCCUCAAGUUGUAAAUAGAAGGAAGAAAAUGACUCAACAGAUCUAAACACCAACAUAAGGAAAAAUACAUCACUUGAAAUGUUAGUUGCUGCAAAGAAUGAGCUGAGAAACAUAAGCCAAGAAAAUAUAAGUGAAAAGCAACUGAUGUUCAUUCACUCAACCCACAAUAUUAUCAAUGAAACAAUUGAAAUUUCCAAAUAUCAGAUAUAAGCGUACAAGCAAAUACUCCCUCCGUCCCAUAGAAA